ACACAUACUAGGUGUUUGGUUACAUGCCUUAUAAGGCCCCAGUUCAGCUGUGAUAACAGUCUCUGCAUUAUAGCUCUCUGCUAUUCUUAGGUGGCACUUCAGCUUAUCUGAGCAGAAGGCUGCAGUAGCUGGUGACAGAGCUACAAAAUGAACAAUUACAGUGUAUCACUCACCGGACCUGGGCCAUGGGGAUUCCGGCUACAGGGAGGAAAGGACUUUAAUAUGCCCUUGACCAUCUCCAGAAUCACCCCAGGCACCAAAGCAGCUCAGUCAAGCAUGAACCAGGGAGAUGUUGUGGUUGCAAUCGAUGGCGUCAAUACAGAUACUAUGACUCACUUGGAGGCUCAGAACAAAAUCAGAUCUGCUACCUACAAUCUAAGCCUUACCCUCCAGAGAUCUAAAAGACCAGGCCCAGUUCCAACAGCUACACCUCGAGUUGAUUCUCCUUUGCCAGUGAUUCCCCACCAGAAGGUUAUUGCCAACACUGCUGCCAACACUGAGUAUGUUGAGCGUUUCAAUCCUAAUUUACUAAAGGAUUCUGCACUUUCCACACAUAAACCAAUUGAAGUAAAAGGUCCUGGUGGCAAAGCCACUAUUAUCCAUGCACAGUACAAUACCCCAAUCAGCAUGUACUCCCAGGAUGCCAUCAUGGAUGCUAUCGCUGGUCAGGCUCAGAUCAAGGGCAGUGAUCUCACUGGUAGCCUGCCAGUUAAAGAUCCCCUCGUAGACAGUGCUUCUCCAGUCUAUCAGGCUGUAAUUAAGAAUCAAGCCAAGCCUCAAGAACAUGAGCAGGAUGAGUGGGCACGCCGUGCUGCCAAUCUGCAGUCCCGAUCCUUCCGCAUCCUCGCUCAGCUCACAGGAACAGAGUGCUUACAAGAUCCUGAUGAAGAGGCCUUGAAAAGAGCAAGCACAACUGUUGAGCAUGCACCAGUGUCUAUCAGCUCUGCUUCCGCUGCUUCUGCUGCUAUGCCUGCCAGCCAGCCUGCUUGUGUCACUCAAAGUCCAGCCAAAGAAAUGCCAGCAGCAUCUGCAGCUCCUGCUGUUACUGACCAAUGGCCUGGCUCUGCAGCUCCUACCUACCCGAGAAUGACUUCACUCACCAGUGCACCUUCACUGCAGCCCAAAAUAUCCGUUGGGUCCAAAGGCAUGUCUCAGGCAGCUUCUACUAUCUCUUCUGCUCUGUCUAGUGUUGGACAUGCACCUGCUGCUACACGUGUCCCACAGCCUGCUGGGAUUGAACCUCCACCUACUGCUCCAAAACAAAGAGUCAUCACAACUGCUACUAUCCAGCCAUCUUAUAACCAGCCAGCAUCCGCACCAAUAUCAGUGCAGCCUGCAGCUCCUGGCUCUUCCAAUCGCCCACCAUGGGUAUCAGACGAGACCUUUGCCACUAAGUUUAGCCCUGGAAAAUCAACCAGCACUGUUACCAAGUACACUCAGCCAGCUCCACUGCCUGUCUCAGCCCCACCUCCAGUAUACUCACCAGCUCCAGCUCCUCCUCCAGUUCGAGCACCAGCUCCAGCUCCAGGUCCAGCACCAUACACAUCACCUUCAAGCCACCGAGGUCUUGUUCAGAGGGCAGAAAGGUUCCCUGCUAGCAAUCGCACUCCACUCUGCGGAUACUGCAACAGCAUUAUAAGGGGUCCUUUCAUUGUUGCCUUGGGUCGGUCAUGGCAUCCAGAAGAGUUUAACUGUGCUUACUGCAAGACUUCGCUUGCUGACGUGGGCUUUGUGGAGGAGCAGAACAAUGUAUACUGUGAACACUGCUAUGAGCAAUUCUUUGCACCUACCUGUGCCAGAUGUCAAGUCAAGAUAAUGGGGGAAGUGAUGCAUGCUCUAAGGCAAACCUGGCAUACCACCUGUUUCGUUUGUGCUGCCUGUCACAAACCAUUUGGCAAUAGCCUCUUCCAUAUGGAGGAUGGAGAGCCCUACUGUGAGAAAGAUUAUGUUGCCUUGUUCAGUACAAAAUGCCAUGGCUGUGAUUUCCCUGUUGAAGCUGGAGAUAAAUUCAUUGAAGCGCUAGGAUAUACCUGGCAUGACACCUGCUUCAUCUGUGCAGUCUGCCAUGUGAAUUUAGAAGGUCAGCCAUUCUACUCCAAGAAGGACAAGCCCCUGUGCAAAAAACAUGCUCACGCCAUCAAUGUCUAAAAGCAGAGUAAAAUAUCAUAGAAAUGAAUACAAUAAGAGAAGACUAAAGAUCACUGUGGCUAAGCAUAUGGUUACAAAAGUACCAGUUUUAACAUACUGCUGUUUUUGUUGUAUAAACAUGUUUAAACAGAAAUUGUCACUGUUCGUACUUAUUGAAAAACAAGUCCAAAAUGAAGUUACAAACAAAAAAAUUCAAAUUUAUGAUUGAAAUGUUAUUGGGGUUUAGUAUAAGCAGUGUGAAAAAUGUAAAAAUACCAAAAACAUAUUUUAAAUAUAGAUAUUCUCCUUUGAAAUUACUGAAACAAUUAAAAAAUUGAUGUACUAUAAUUGUUCUCAUUGUAUUGGACAGUGCAAGACAGUAACUGUCACAAUACAACAGACAAGUUGUUUGUAAGUCACAGUAAGGCAGUACUGAACUGCUUUUACUUUAUUGCCAAAAAUACAGCAACUUUUGCUUUUUUAUUUUCACUUUUUUUUUCUUCAGGACAUGGCCAUGUAUUCACUGACACUGGGCAAGACAUAGUUAAGAGAAAGUAAACAGAUCCACCAAGAGCGAUUCUUUUAAAUUUUGAUUGAAAUAACGAGAACAACUAUUUCUAAUGAAGCAACACUGACUGCUGUAGUUCAAGUGCACCGGUACAUUACAAAUUAAAAUUUCUUUCAAAGCACAGUAUUCUUAUAAUUAGUAUACCAAGAUGGGGAAGCACUCCUCAUCAAAUAAAUCUAUGUACAGACAACAUUUCCAUGCAGGGUGAUUGAAAAAAGGAAUCCAUGAACAGAUUGCCCUGUUUACUGUGCUUUCAGGAAUGUGCACUAAAGCGAAUCGUAGGUAAUCCCGAGAUUUUGCACAGCAGCCCUGUAGAGAGAAACAGGCAGUACACGAGUACUAGUACAUUAUUCAGCACAAAUUGCACAAGUGCAACUGCAGUGCAGCUAUAAAAGUAACUUUUCUCAAAGAAUAUGUGAAACAGAUAACGGGAUAACGUGUAUUACCAGGGAGUAUUACUCUUGCUGCCCACAACAGUUACAGGGCAUUAAGGUGACUGCUAAAAACUCCAGUCUUAACCCAUUACUUGAAAAGCAUUGUUUUAGUAAGUGGCUUACAAAUGGGUCAUGGGAUGCUUUCAGAGAAUACUAUCCAUAUCUGCCCUGUUAAAUGAGACCCUGUACUAGCAGUGCUGAGGAUAACUAAUGCAAAAAGGGAACAGUAGAAGACGGUACUUUUUAAGCACUGCAGGCAGCAACUGAGGAAUGUGUACAUAAAUUAAAUGAUUCUUAACAAGACUAGAGCCAUGAAGUUUAUUUAGUGCUGUGUCCAUUUGUGCAUUUAAUUUGCUUGCUUCUUGAAAAGAUACUCACUGUUUUUUGAAAGUAAAGUAGUUGUUAUUUAUACAUUCAAUUAAAGUAAACAAUUAGCUAGCUGUCAAAACAGAAGCAAGCUUUUUUUGUAACGGCUGUGUUUUCUGUCAUGGCAAUAUUUAUUUCACGGUUCACUUCACUUUUUAUUGUACUACUGAUUAAAAAUUCUGAAAGUAUAAGAAAGAAAUUCUA